CAAGUAUCCAGCAACAAAUCUCAUGCGCAUACCUACGGAAGUGGAACUAACUACACUCUGUUGCGAGUCAGUAAACGGCUAACGAACAUACAUUAUCAAUUACAAACCGAGUACACGGAUCCGGCACAUAACAUGCUCCUACAUACCCCGCCGACACACGUUCCUUGCAGUCGUCUCGCUCGCCGCCCGAGCGCAACCGACCGAACGGGAAAACAGACAUUUUACAACGCCAAUACACUUCUGCGACGCCUCUAAAGCCUCCACAUAAAGUUCGAAUCUCCGUGGCUCAAGACGGAGAUGCAUCAACACGCUUCAAAUAGAACGCGACACGGAAAAAGGAAAGCGUUCGAAAUGAAGCGCGGCGAUUGGGCGACGCGCGCCAAUGGCGGCGACGGGCGGGGCCGGCGCGCAUGCGCGGCGGCGCGCGGCGCGCGCGCACAUGUCCCGCUCGCGCGCCGCUCGGCGGACGCAUGCGUAGCUCGGCUCGGUGGUGAGUGCAGUGAAGUGAUCAUGCUCGGCGGCAUGGACGGCAAGGAGUACGGCGCGCUGCACGCGGCAGCCGCCGCCGCCUCCUACGCCAUGGACACGGGUACGUCUUUUGCCCGAGAAAACCUGGACCACACACUAGACCCGAGUGGCGGCUCACUAGGCGGCGGCGUAGGCGGCUCGCAGCAAUACGGCGAAGUGAAUCAGCUAGGUGGAGUGUUCGUCAACGGACGACCGCUACCCAACGCAGUACGGCUGCGGAUAGUGGAGCUGGCACAGCUAGGCAUCAGGCCCUGCGACAUCAGUCGACAAUUACGAGUAUCACAUGGCUGUGUGUCGAAGAUCCUAGCGCGGUACCAUGAGACCGGUUCCAUCCUUCCUGGGGCCAUCGGGGGCUCAAAACCCCGCGUUACGACGCCCAAGGUGGUGUCCUACAUAAAGCAACUAAAAGCGAAAGACCCCGGCAUCUUCGCGUGGGAGAUCCGCGACCGGCUGCUGGCGGACGGCGUGUGCGACAAGUACAACGUACCCUCCGUGUCCUCCAUCAGCAGGAUCCUACGCAACAAGCUGGGCGGCGCGCUGUACCCAGUGCCGCCGCUGUACCCCGUGCCGCCGCAGCGCUGCUGGCCGCUGCACCAGCCCUACGACUACUACGUCUACCUCCAGGGUCGGCAACAUGCCGGCGGCGCGCCGCACGGGCUGCACCCACACCAACAGCCCGCGCCGCCGCACCACGCGCACGCGCUCUGACCCACCGCGCCCGCGCACCCUCACCGUGCCACCGACCACGACCGGUGACCAAUUGAGAACCAAAGGGUGACUGGUUGAGCACUCUCGCCGCGCCACCGAUCACGACCGGUGAACGACUGAGAAACAGAGGGUGACUGGUUGAGCACCCUUGCCGUGCUACCGAUCACCACCAGUGACCGACUAGGAACUAGUGGGUGACUGGUUGAGCACCCUGACCGCGCCAUCGACUACGACCAGUGACCGAAUGAGAACAAUCGGUUGACAGGUUGACUGCGACCGAUAAUACUAUAGCCAGUUCGAAAACACUGAGGCCGCUACAAUUUAAAUGACAUGUCGGCUGCCAGGAGUCGGCAGAACGGAUAAAAAGCGCCCACCAGACAAAAGAAAGACGGAUAACGAAGGACUGUGGAACAGAACAGCAUUGAAAUCCAGCAGUGCGGUAGACCGCCGUCGGUAGUGACUGCUGUUAUUUUGGUGUGAGCUGACAUAGACGACGUUUACAGUGCAUCAGUCCACUGUAAAACUUUUCGGUUCGGCGCUCCAAUUCUGUCUUAGAACUUUUGAUGUGUGAAAAACAAACCUUUAUGGCAAAGUGAGGCAAAAGUGAAGUGUUUUGUGGUGUACUGAUAAAUAAUGUACUCGGUGUUCGGAUUAAAUACUUUAGGCGAAUUUAAAUAUGUGAUCAUAUAUCUAUUGUGCUAUAGUAGUUAUUUAAGGAAGGGUAAUACGUGUUUUGUUAAGAUUAAAGUGCUAAGUGCCUUACUACACCGAAUAAUAUUUAAAGAAUUUGUAUGUACGAUACGCCUUAGGGAAAUUCGUUUCACAUUAUUACAUUUUUUCCGUUUUAGUCACAGAAGGUGUAGUUGCGUUUAUAACUCAGUUAAUACUCGUAUACAGAAAACUGUCCCUAACGUAGCCGUACUGUACUUCAGUACCCAGUUAUGUAAGUAUUUACUAAACAUGUACAGUCUUCUGCGAAAAUAUCUAGCAUAACGAAGCACGCAAUCAUUUUUGUCACGCUCUACAAAUAUUAAAAUUGCGUCAGAUAUUUUUGCGCGCUUCAUUGUGUAAAAUACUUACUAUUGUGGGUGACUGCUGACUGUACAGUCAACCAAUUUGAUUUCUGAGCCAGUUCGUACUUUUUAGCAGUAACAAUCAAUAUUAAAUUCAUGAACGUUGGCAGGUACAAAAAAAGAAUUUUUCUUCAUAGAUGCUUUUAGGUAUUAUUUUUUUUCUAAAUGCUCUUUCAUUUGUUUCAUUCAUUUAAUAGGUACAAGUGCGGAUCUAAAGUAUUAUCUAGUGUAAAUACCUACAUGUUAACUUCAUGAUAUUUAUAAGUGAAUGUACAAUGUAUAUCUUUACAAUAAGUAUUACCGGUAAAGUAGUACCUACUAAUGAUAGUUGUGUCAUAGGUUCAGAAUAUUCACCCUUCUACCCUUCUUAGUUUGUAUCUACAUUUACUGAAAUACGACGCAUACGGACUAAUUUUUAAUAUUUUGGGAGAGUGGAGGAUACCGCUGACAUUUGCUUAAUCUAAAUUAAACGACGGUUAUUUUCAUUUCGGUGCAAAUGAUUUUGCCCAUUUUUUAAAUAUUUUUCCUUCCACCCGUGAUUUCCAAAUAUACAUGAUAUAAAUAAAUACACAUUCGUUUUCACGAAAUAAGUCUUAAGUAGGUACAUACCUAGUAGUAACAAUGAUUUGAAGAUGAUGAAUUUCUGAACCUACCGCUUAAAAAAUAGGACACUGACGCGGGUGCAAUGUUUUUUUGUAAAUAUUUAAUUUAAUAAUUGAUAGCAAUAAGCUCAGAAUAUCUCGUCGUUUGUAAGUCAAAGAUGGGUACUUAAAUUAGGUAAUUUUGUGAGUUUUGCGACUCAGAGUAUAAAGUCAGCAGCAGAAAUAUCUAAGCGGGCGAGGUGUUCAAAAUUACCUAAACACGCUCUUAGUCACUUAAAAAUAAACUUCUUCUUCUUCUUCCUCGCGUUAUCCCGGCAUUUUGCCACGGCUCACAUAGGAGCCUGAGGUCCGCUUGACAACUAAUCCCCUGAUUUGACGUAGGGUAGUUUUUACGAAAGCGACUGCCAUCUGACCUUCCAACCCAGAGGGGAAACUAGGCCUUAUUGGGAUUAGUCCGGUUUCCUCACGAUGUUCACCGAAAAGCGACUAUAGUAAAUAUCAAAUGAUAUUUCGUACAUAAGUUCCGAAAAACUCAUUGGUACGAGCCGGGGUUUGAACCCGCGACCUCCGGAUUGCAAGUCGCACGCUCUUAGGGCGAUUGUGCACUACAAUGAAUUUUAUUGUCCGGCAGUCCGAUAUGGCAUGAAAAAAACGGAUGAUUGGCUUGUGCACUUGUCCGUCUUUUUACUCGCAGGUGCGGCGCAGUG